AUGACUCUCUUCUAUUCUGGAACACUUCAGGAGGGCAUAGCCCUCGCAGUCCAGGAAGCAAAGGCUGUUGUUUGCUUCGCCCGAGAUGAUACAGAACUGGGCUCUACCUGGGAGGAUGAUUACUUUUCUGAUCCAGAGAUCGCCCAAGCUCUCCACGAUAAAGCGAUUACUUUACGACUCAGUUCUGGGACUCAGGAGGCUGGAUUCCUAACAUCAUUCUGUCCAAUCUCGAGCUACCCAACUGUUGUGGUAAUCAAAAACGGCACAUUGCAAGAGUUCAUUACAUCAGAGGUAUCCAAAGAGGACUUUUUGAACCGAUUGAAAGUUGCCCUAGAGGGUAAAUAUGCUCCUCCUGUGGCCCAACAACCUCAGACAAGUGCUCCAUCCACCAGCAACGAUACUACUACAUCCUCUUCAACUCCACCUGCUACAGCAUCUUCUCCGCCUCCUAUCCCGACCCAGCAACCAGUAUCGCAGCCUACAACAAGACCAUCCCGCCCUCAAGCUCAACCUCGGUCGGAGCAGUCUUCGUCAUCAUCAAAGCGUUUAGCCCGGAAAGAAGACAAAGCAGAGAAGCCUAAACCGAAACAAGAGAAGCCUCGCCAAGAACCUAAGCCUCGGGUUCCCGCGAAACCAGCCGCUACCAAGACUACACAGCAACCGAAAGAAGAGCCAAAGCCACAGCCUACCGUCCCUAAAGGACCCCCGAAGGAAUAUCGUCUCCAAGUACGACUGUUCGACGGCAGCUCCGUCCGCUCAACAUUCACGCCCAAGCAAACAAUCGGCAAAGAAGUGCGGUCCUGGCUAGACCAACAACAACAAAUGACCGACGAAAACCGCCCAUACAACCUGAAGCACAUUCUGACCCCUCUUCCGAGCCGAACACUCUCCGUCGGCGAGGAAUCACAAACACUCGAAGAGUUAGGUCUCGGCUCAACCGCAAAUCUAGUCAUGGUCCCAGUUCAAUCGUUCACGUCGGCCUAUUCUGCCGCCGGCUCUAGUCUUCCAGUUCGUGGAAUUUCCGCCGUCUACAAUACAGCAUACUCCGUUGCAAGCACGACUGCCAGCUUUUUUGGUUCAUUCGUUGGGUAUGGUCAGAAUCCGCCACCGCCACCGUCGGAGCCGGAGCCGUCUUCUAGCUCUACGCCUGCUCCCAAUAGUUCUCGCAAUAGACGGCCAUCAGGACCGAAUAUUCGGACGCUCCAUGACCAGCCGAAUGAUGGGAGAGAUAGCCAGUUUUAUAACGGAAAUCAGUUGAAUUUCGAACCUCGGAAUCAAGAUGGGAACAGCCGUUGA